AUGGCCCCAGCGGAAGUUAAAAGGGAAGGUGAUGAUUAUGACAUUCCAAAUGAAGCAGAUGACAUUCAUUUGAUGAAUGAAAGUCGGGCAGAACCUGAUCAUGGUUGCGAAGCUGGUCCGAGCAAUGAAGAAGCAACCAACAUGAACGUUGAAGAUGGCGGAGCCGAUGUGAAAAAAGAAAUGGUUGACGAUGCUCAUCGCAAUGACAUUGUUGGUCAGAGAUUACCAAAAUACUUGGACCGUGUUGCUGAGAAGAGUACAGCUCCCAAGGCACUAACAAGAGUAGGUUGCAAAGCCCAAUUUCACAUACGGUACGAUGCGGAUGCUGGUGAAGGGGGAAAGUAUGUUGUGACUCACUUCGUCGCAGACCACAACCAUGAAUUGGAAGAACAACACUGUGUGAUGUAUCUGAGGUCACAUCGCAGUUUAAACAGCGCUGACAAAGCUCAAGCAAUGGCUAUGCGCAAUGUCGGUGUGAAGACUAGCCAAAUCAUGGACUAUAUGGAAAAUCAGUCCGGGUCUUAUGAGAAUGUUGGUUUCAUCCGUACGGAUCUGCACAACCAUAUUCAAGCCGAACGUAGAGUAGAAGUUGAGGAUAGUGAUGCGCAGGGCGCGUUGGUUUACCUAUGCGCAAAACUUGAUGUUGAUGCACCUAAUGAGACAAUUGAGACAUACACAUGGGUUUUGGAAACAUUUAUGGAGGCGAUGGGCAAUAAAGCACCUGUGUCCGUACUGACAGAUGGGGAUAAGUCGAUGCGAGAGGCAAUCAGAAGAGUAUUUCCAGAUGCAAGACAUCGAUUAUGUAAUUGGCAUCUUGGGAAAAAUGCUGUUUCAAAUGUUCACAUAAGUGGCUUUGCACAUGCUUUCAAGCAGUGCAUGGACAUGAAUUGGCAUCUUGGGAAAAAUGCUAUUUCAAAUGUUCACAUAAGUGGCUUUGCACAUGCUUUCAAGCAGUGCAUGGACAUGGAAACGGAUAAGACAAAGUUUGAGCGUGGCUGGACGACAAUGGUCGAAAAAUUUGGACUUCAAACCAACAGUUGGGUGUUGGAGACAUAUGAGAAGCGUCAUAUGUGGGCUGAGGCAUAUAUGCGUAGACAUUUCUUUGCUGGGAUGAAGAGCACUCAGCGCUCAGAGUGUAUGAAUGCUUAUUUCAACCCCUUCCUCCAACACAAAUUGAAGCUAUAUGAAUUUGUUAGGCACUAUGAUCGGGCUCUUGCAAGGAUAAGGUAUAACGAGGCUGGAGAUGAUGCUGAAACAAAUAACAAUUUUCCGGUUCGGUUUAGUCGAACAGUGGGUACUAACUCAGAUGCAGAUACACCCCACAUAACUGACCGUGAGUACAAUGCGGAGUCAUUGCCCGUUUGCUGCAAAAUUGGGUUGGUGGAUCCAAGUACACCGCACAUUAAGCAACGGCGACUAUUUUUCGAUGUUUCUCCUAAUUCCAAGCAGCCUGUGGGCCAAUACGGUAGUGUUGAAGCAGCAGUGUGGAAAAAUGAUUCGAACACAAUUGAUGAGGUGAAUCAGGUAGACAGUACUAGCUAUUGA